AUGGUCAUAACAUACCAUGCUUUUUUUUAUACAGAAAUGGCACGUGAUUCGACCAUGGGAAGAGACCGAGUACUAGUCGUACCGAACACCGGUAUCGCUCUCAACAGUAGCUCAUCGUCACAGAUAACGGCCCCGGCAGACAUCAGCCAGCAGAUUUUGGAGCUUCAAAAAGAGCAAGAGCUGGAGAAGCAAAAACUGUGGCAUGCGUUCCAGGAGAAGAAUAAGGAACUCGAGAUGCAGCAUAGGCAGCAGUUGGAGCACAAAUUUCAGGAGCUACGCGAUCAAAAGAUGGCGGAGGAAGCAGCCCAACAACGUGAACGGAGAGAACGCGAAGCAAUCAAGCGCAAAGAGAAACAUGAAUGUUGUGCAAACGCAAGCUCGGAGGUGAAACAAAAGUUACAAACUUUCUUAAUACAGAAAAAACAGGCCGCAGCAUCGAACGGAUUGUCUUCACCGUUGCCAUACAGAAAUUGGGGUGUCGUGAAAUCAUCAUCCGGUGAAUCGCUCCCUGGCGGUGCCGUUGCAGCGGCUGUUAGUUCCCAUCCUUACAAAAUCCCUCCACCGCCGAGUUCAAUCUCGAAGUACGAUCCAGAUUUUCCACUCCGCAAAACAGCAUCCGAACCAAACUUGCUGAAAAUUCGCCUCAAGCAGCGCGUGAUUGAGAAGCGUUCACUAAACGGGCCACUGGCCGCCCGUCGACAGGAGCGUUUGCGCCGACUCCAGAAGCAGCAGCACAACCAGGCGCUCGCGCAAACAAAUUGUGCGGCUGCAGCUAACGUCACCACAACCGAUUCGGGCCCGAACUCUCCACCAACGGUGGGCAGCCGUGCUUCACCCACCAAUGCACCGAUACAGGAGGAGAACGAAGAUCCUCAGUACGGUUCGGUUGCAUCCCGCGCCAGUAUCAACGAUCUGUCACUGUUCAGCUCACCGUCGAUGCCCAACAUUUCCCUUGGUCGGCCUCACCUUGGCUCGUCAGCCGCCACCGUUGCUCAUCUGACUAUCAACGCAGCCAGACCGAGACACCUCGGUAUAGGCACUAUCAGCGGCCAGGGUGCUAGCGUACCGUUCGUCAAUCCAAUGCUGGAUAUUACGGAACAGCAGUGCAACCAAAAUGUAGCAGCUGUCGCUGCAGCGGCUGCUGCAGCUGCAGCCGCAGCCGCCAGUGGUGUGGUGGGUUUGGACCGUGUACAUCUUACCGGUGCAUUACAUUCCGCCGUACCCGGUUCUUCGAACGUGUAUCAUCAUCAACCGUCGAUCACGGAUGCGCACGUAGCCCAAGCCCGAUUGCACAAACAGGGCCAUAGGCCGCUGGGACGCACGCAAUCGGCACCGUUACCGCUCGGACAUCCGAUGUUGGCCGGGGCGAACAGUGUAGCAGCAGCUGCCAUGAUGAACAUCAAUCAGACACACUUUGAGAACAGUGAGGCUGAACGUCAAGCGUAUGAGCAGCAUUUGUUGAUGAAACAAAAGAUCCGCCAGACGGCUCUUACGCGUGCCGCCAACUGCGUGAACCGAGAACCGCAACUGCGCGAAGAGGUAGAAUCGAACGAGGUGAUCGACCUAACAGACAAAAAGCAACCACCCAAAACGGUGCUGGCCAACAGCGUCAUAAAAAGCACCUCACAAUCGCACCUUCUACCCCAAACGCACGAUGAGCUCGGUAGUCAUACUGCGCAACAACAGCAAAAGCAUCUUUCUGAAUUAAUUCAUCAGCAACAACACUAUCACCGCGAGCGUGAAUUAUUUAUGCGGCGUUCGAUACAGCUGUCGGUGCUGGAAGAUCCCUACACGCAUCAUGCAUCUGGCGGCGUUGGUGGUGGUGGUGCUGCUGCUGCUGCAACAGCAGCGGCAAGCCUGCUUAGACCACUAUCGCGCACAUCCUCCAGCCCACUGGUACACCUGAGCUCGAUGGGGGGCGGAAGCAGUGGUCACCAGACGGCCCAGCAAAGCAUGUUUUCCGACACAGGCCAAUCGUCUGCCGGUGGUGACGACGAUUUACCGCCGCCGGUAAAUCUGACCGUGCAGAACCGCAGUCGAUCGUUGCUGAGCUACACGCACGAGGGUCUUGCUUCAGCGGCCGGCACCACGGCUGCCGUGGUUGGUUCAAUGACGGGUUCGUCUUCUACUUGCGGCAGUCCGCCAGGGAUGGCAUUGCAACUUACUACCUCCUCGUCCGCGUCGGCAAUUAUCGGGGCGAGUCGCGAGCAAAAGCUACGAACAACCACUACCGGGCUUGCCUUCGACAGCUUGAUGCUCAAGCACGUUUGUGCGUGCGGUGACAACGCGAACCAUCCGGAACAUAGUGGACGUUUGCAGAGCAUUUGGGCGCGGUUGCUCGGUACCGGGUUGGCGAUUCGCUGCGACAAGUUGCGUUCACGCAAAGCCACCCAAGAGGAGUUGCAAACGGUUCACACUGAAGGACAUGCGCUACUGUUCGGCACCAGUCAGCUUAACCGGCAGAAGGUGGAUACGAGUCGGGUAAGUUUCGUUCGGCUUGCUUGCGGUGGUGUUGGCGUCGACUUGGACACGACCUGGAACGAGCAUCAUACCGCGGCUGCCGCUCGUAUGGCGGCAGGGUGCGUCAUUGACCUAAGCUACAAGGUGGCACGGGGCGAAAACCGUAACGGAUUUGCCGUAGUACGACCACCGGGCCAUCAUGCCGAGGCGGACGCUGCGAUGGGUUUUUGCUUCUUCAAUUCGAUUGCGCUGGCCGCCCGAUUGUUGCGACACCGAAUGCCGCAUGAGAUGCGUCGUAUCCUGAUAGUCGACUGGGAUGUGCACCAUGGCAACGGUACGCAGCAGGCAUUCUAUGACGACGCAUCCGUACUCUACCUGUCGGUCCAUCGGCACGAUGACGGUAAUUUUUUUCCGGGUACGGGUGGACCAGCUGAGUGUGGCGUUGGCACCGGGCUUGGUUAUAAUGUGAAUGUGGCCUGGUCGGGCGGCGUUAAUCCACCGCUGGGAGAUGCAGAGUAUUUGGCGGCAUUUCGCACAGUCGUAAUGCCAAUAGCGCGUGAUUUUGCCCCGGACAUUGUGCUCGUUUCGGCUGGGUUUGAUGCUGCUGUAGGGCAUCCGGCACCACUCGGUGGAUAUGUCGUUUCACCUGCCUGCUUUGGCUAUCUAACGCGUGAGUUGAUGCAACUCGCCAACGGCAAGAUUGUACUAGCGCUGGAGGGAGGCUACGAUUUGCCGGCAAUUUGCGAUUCUGCGGAAGAGUGCGUAAGAGCACUGUUAGGUGAAAGUACCUCCUCAAUCGCACCGUCCGAAUUGGCACGGCCACCCUGUCAGGCGGCAAUCGAAACGCUGCAGAAGACGAUUGCCAUUCAGGUGUCACACUGGCCAUGCGUCAAGCGAUUUGCUCAUACUGUCGGACUAUCCGCGCUGCAGGCCCACAGCAGCGAAAGAGAGGAAUCGGACACUGUUACCGCGAUGGCGGGGCUCUCGAUGCAGUCCCUUAAGAGAACAUCUGAUGUGUCCUGCGAAGACUCCGAGGAACCGAUGGACCAAGAUGAGUCCAAAUAA